UAUUGUUGAAAAACUUCCUUAUUUUUGAAUCAUGUUAUCAACACUUCUGACCUGAAGUACUUCUGUAAAGUGACAUCUUUAGUAAAGUCAGCUGUAACUAAUUUGUUUGUUUUCAUUGUUCAUUUUUUACAUUGGAUGUUUUUGUUUGUGAAUUAGUGACUCACGCAUUUAUCUCUUUUCAAUUAAAAAGUAAAGGUGAAAAAUGUUUAAUAAUUUAUUUGGCAAAAAACCAACUGUCAAGGAACAGCAAAGGGAAAAUGAUAAGAAUUUGCGAAAGGCAACGCGCGACAUAGAACGUGAAAGGAGAAAACUAGAAGAGGAGGAGCGAAAACUGCAACUGGAAAUUAAAAAGGCUGCAGCACAAGGAAACAAUGAAGUCUGUCGUAUAUUAGCAAAACAACUUGUUGAAAUACGUAAACAAAAAUCUCGAACAUUUGCGGCAACUGGAAAAAUUACAUCGAUAGGAUAUCAAAAUAAAAAUAUGGGAACAAAUAUUGUGCUUUCAGAUGCAAUGGGAACUACUGCCAAGACAAUGGGCGAGAUAAACAAAGUCAUGCGCCCAGAAAAAAUAGCAACAAACAUUCGAGAAUUCCAAAAAGCGAAUACUCAAAUGGAAAUGACAGAUGAAAUGAUAAAUGAUACGCUGGAUGAUAUGCUAAAUGAGUCGGGCGAUGAGGAAGAAAGUGAUGCCAUUGUUAACAAAGUUUUAGAUGAGAUUGGUAUUGAAAUAUCUGGCAAAAUGGCUAGCAUCCCGGUUACUGGUUCAGGAGAUUUGGAAAGAAGUUCUCGUACCCAAAAAGACAUUGAGGAGCAGUUGGCGAAACUACGCUCAUAGUUAAUGCUAACAAAAUAUUUUUAAAAUUGAAUGUUCUUGAUGAUGUGAAAAAAUAAUAAAAUAUUAAUUUAAGUAUUGCUUUCAUCUACUUACUUCACUAAAUAAAUCAUUUCAUUUCUAAUCG